AUGGCGGCGCUCGCGAGCGGCCGGGCCGCUGGCGGCAGGUUGCUGGCACUGGAAUCCUCCGACCGCAUGCCGCUGGUGUGCGGACUGUUGAUGGCGGCCCUUCUAUACAUGCCCUGCCUGGCAGCCGGCCAGCUGGACGACAGCUACAGCGGCGCCGGGCAGGCGCCGGCAACGCAGACCUCUGCCGCCGCCGCUGGCGCCGGCACCGAGCCGCUGUGGCAGCGCUACGAAGCCAUGUUUCCAGUGCCCCGCAUGGUGCCUGUGGUGACGCGCAUGAUGGGGCACGAGGUGCUGUAUCAGGUCCCCGACAGCCCUCGUGCCACCCUCUUCAUCGCGCCAGGCUGCUCCCACGCCGCGCACGACUGGUGGCCCGCCUCGCCCGCCUGCCCCGACUGCCUGGGCCUGCCAGAGGAGCUGGCGCACACGCAGCAGGCGCUGGGGCGGCGCUACGCAGGCGAGUGA